GACCCACACUCUCAUCAGUAAGCGACAAAGAUGGCCGCCUGUGGGCUGUUCCGCUCUCUGUCUUCCAACUUUUUCACAGUUUUGCCUUUGCUCACCCGCUCGGCGCCAAUUUCUCCGUUGCGACUGGCCCCUCAGUCAUAUUUGGGAAGAACACUAGCCUCCUCUAGCCGAUUCACAGCAGCACUUAAAUUCACUGACAAGCAUGAAUGGAUUCGAGUAGACGACGAUGGGAUUGGGACUGUAGGGAUCAGCAACUUUGCGCAAGAGGCUCUGGGAGAUGUAGUUUACUGUGGGCUGCCAGAGGUGGGAACACAGCUGGCUCAGCAAGAGGAGUUUGGAGCGCUGGAGAGUGUAAAGGCAGCCAGUGAGCUCUAUUCCCCUUUGACCGGAGAAGUAGUAGAGGUCAAUACACUUCUGGCAGAUAAGCCUGGUCUGGUCAACAAAUCUUGCUACAAAGAUGGUUGGCUGAUGAAGAUGACCAUCGCCAACCCUGCAGAGCUUGAUGCUCUAAUGGAGGAAGCAGCCUACGAGAGAUACAUCCGCUCCAUUGAGGACUAACCUAACACACCUCCUAAUAAGUGCUAUGACCCCUUUCUCCUUUUCAAACACCACUGGCAGGGAGACCCAAGGGUUGUGCCUGGGUCAGCUACAAUGCUAUACUUAUCAUCCACCAGGGAGGGCUCAAGAGCUCCAGAUUGCUGACCUGCCAGUGCUGUAGAGCUGUGAACAUUAGGAAUCCUUUAUCUACUGUUAAAGACUGAUUUUAGAGGACCUGUCUGCUCUGACUUAACCUCCAAUGUUGAGUUAUUGCAACCUCAAAUCCUCAAACAGAAGACACUGAGACUCAGUCAAUAGAAUUGUCCAAGCAUUUCAGUCAAAGAAAACUUGAAUUUCUGUUUUCUAGGUCAAUGUUAGACUUAAAAAAGCACUUUGGUCUUUAUGGUGUUAAUAAUAAUGUUGGUCUACACUGCAUGUUUGACAGCAACACUGUAGACAAGGGACCUGUAAAGUAGAAAAUAAACAUUUCCUGAAA